CUGCGUGAAAUAUCUACUCCACAUGCAUGUAGGUUGGCCUCCUUGUUUCAUUAAACCAGCGAGAUUUGGCCGUCCCAUUGGCCGCCGCGCUUCCCUGAUCCUUCCUUCCUUGCUGAGCCUCCCCUGUUUGUUAUAAACAAAUACCUGUGCCUCCUGCCAACGAUCUCAAAUCCUCAGCUUUUGCCUCGUUGCAUCCUGCUCCUGCUCCUGCUUAGCCAUCGCACAGCCUGUCUCGAGCCUUUGCAUUGCUGCCUUUCCUCCCCUUUUGGUUGGCUCGCCUAUUGUUAUUCCUACAAAAGGAUGCGGUCUGCUCCAUGAGCAUGAGGAGGAGAGGGAGCCUUGCUGCUGCUACUGCUGCUGCAUCCAGAUUCCAGAGCUUCUUCUUCCUUGCAAUUCUCCCAUGCUCGGCCGCCAUCCGCUGCUGCGAAAUGAGUAAUGGGUGCUGAGGAGAGCUUGCGCCCGUCGUCCGUGCCCUUGCUGGUGUAUGGAGGUUCCCAGUGCUCAUGAGCUAUAACCGAAGUCCAGAGGAGAGUGAAGAUGCGAGAUAAGCAGCCGCAGCAUGAGUCGCCGAUUUUCAGGAAUGGCUACUGAUUUGUUUCGUACUCAUAGAAUCCUCUUUGCCCUGUUGGAGAAAGGAGGAAUAACCAUCAUUAGAGAGCUAGAAAGUAGAGGUUCUGUUCAGAAACUAGCCAAAAUAUUGCUGAAAGCUAGUGGGGGAGGGCUUUUGAACGACAUCUUGGCAGACAUAAUGGACAGGUAUUCCAAACACGACAGCAAGGAAUCACUUCGGAGAACAAUCAUGGAACAUGAUGAGGUCUUCAGACAACAGGUGCAUGAAUUGCAUCGGCUAUACAGGGUACAGAAAGCACUGAUGGCUGAAUUACGUGGUGAGAAGCACAGUUUCCAACUCAGAACAGAAGAUACUCGAGAAAUGGUGCAGGGCCACAGGCCAAACCUCAAGAAUAGCUCUUGUACGUCAGAGACUAGCCAAUCUGCUUGUCUUGGAAACGCACAGUACUCUGAUACUAGGCAAGUACCCGAACAGUCGUUUCUUCAAGAAUGCAAGCCAGUGACAUGCUUAAACCUCUUCGACGAAGAAACUUCAAGAAACCAAGAAAGAAGACCAGAAAGCAGUAAAUCAGUUGAAGGUGAAAGUUGGAGUGUUUCUAUGGAAGGUGAUCUCGAUCUCAAAUUAAGCAUUGCCCCCAGUUCAAAUGCAACAAAAGCACCACACUGGCUCUUCUCCGACAGCAGGGAAAGAAACCCUUCUGGUCAGCAUCGAUGACAAGUUGACAACCAAUUGGCAUCCCAGAUCAGUUGGUUUCAUAGUGCAAGAAGCAAAUGUUAACAUUUCCAAGCUAUCUCAUAGCAUAUCAUAUCUCCUUGACAUGCUGGCCCCAAAUUUUGGUCUGAAUUAUACCUCAGUCAUGGUGAGUAAUUUGUAUGCGGAAUUCUAGAGCUUCUCAGGCUGUCAAGCACAAGGACUUGCUAGGAGCACAUUAAUGUAACACCAAGAUAGCAAA